AUGGACGUUCGCGGAGCUGCAACAGAACCGACUGCGAAUCUCGAUCAAGGGUGUUGCGCGGAGGGCUGCACCACUGCUGCACACUUGCUACGCCCGACAGACGACAGCAGACGAUUUGCGCGCACGUAUAUCGUGCGCACAGGACAGAGCAUCGAUACGGAGACAGAGGUGGGGUCGGGGAGGUUAUCACCGGAGAAGGGCUUGGGACUAGCCCAUAAAACCGCUCUCUCUCCUCUCGCGCCAUCACACAAGGUCGUGUGGCCUACGCGCUCCUCAGGCCGCAUGAACAAGGCCGCUGAAGCCCACGCAUUCGGCGCUCAGCUGGUCGACCGAAGUGCCAUCGCCUCGCUCGCGUUCCUCGUUUGGGACAUUAUUAUCACCCUCGGCGACGAGGUAGAUACCAUAUGGCCCAAACGCAACACGAACUGGACAAAAUGGCUCUUUCUUUUCGUCAGGUAUUUCGCUGUCGCCACCCAGAUCGCUGAGUUAUUUGUGGGCACGGAGAUCGCCGCAGCCCUGCCCUACACGAUGCGCUCCUGCGUCGCGUGGUACAUCUUCCAAGAAGUCGCAACCCAGCUGCUCAUCACAUCUGUCGAGGUCAUACUCAUGGUUCGAGUGCACGCGAUGUACGAACGCAACCGCACCAUCACGCUCGUCCUUCUCGUGCUCUUCGUCGCCGAGAUCGUGGCGAUGCUCGCCACGCUCGUCCUCGUGAUUCCCGACGUUCAGUUCGACGACAUCUGCGUUGUCACGCACACCCCGACGACGCUCAUUUUUUUCGCGCUGGCGUUCAUUCUGUUCGAGACGCUCCUGUUCGGGCUCACGCUGUUCAAAUUCGUUCAGGCGGUGCGCACGGGCUGGGGCCACACGCCUGUUAUGGCGCUGCUCGCUCGCGACGGCACAUGGGCCUUUGCCCUCAUUUUCGCCGUCUUGUGCAUCAACGCUGGGUUCUAUCUGGGCAAGAACAGCUCGAUUGGCGCCGUGGCUUAUACCUGGAUCCUCUCGAUCGAAUCCUUCGCCGGCUAUCGACUGAUCCUGAACAUGCAGAGGCUCGACGGGCCGUCUGAGGCGGACACGAGGCAGAGCACGGAGAUCCAGUUCACGACGGGCUUCCGCGCUGCGCGCGGGUCCGUCUCGGGGCUGUCGUCCGGUGAUGAUUCGUAUGCGCGCGAGCUCGGGCUCGGGCUCGGGCUUGGACGCGGGCGCGAGCGUGGGAGGGAAGGAGGGAGGGCGGCGGGGGUGUGGCGGUAUCACAGUCGCGCGCAGGGGAGGAGCCUCGGGAUUAGCUGGGCGAAGCCGACGUUGUCGGAGGAGGAAGAGGACGAGGGGCUGUGGUACGAGAUGACGGUCGCCGGGAGCGGGGAGUCGCCGUCGAAGCUCGGCUCGUCGAGUGGGAACGAGAGCGCAAGUGGCAGCGGCAGCGGGGGCACGAACACGAGUGGGAGUGGGAACAGGGGGACACGGUCGGGGGGAUCCGUCGGGCUCGGGACGACACGGACGGUGGAAGAGGCCGAGAUGGAGGAUACGCUGGUGGGCACGGCGUCUGGCAGCGGGAGCGGCUCGCAGAUGAUGCCGGGCCGGGGGCGGAGGGGUGGCGUGGACGCGGAGGUGCAGGAAAUGGAACGCUCGACCGCCAUCCAGCUAGUGCUCAAACUCGCAGCGACGAGGGACAGGACCGUCUAUCGCCCGUUCACAGUGACCCUCUUCCCCUGCGAUACGACGGGCGAAGGCGUGCAAAUCGACUUGCUCGGCACAGAGAAAUCGCUCCUUGCGCAUAUAUGCAGAUCACCCAAACGGGCGUGAUAGAUCCGUUGGCUGUCGGAGUGUCCGUAGCAACUCACGGUUAUGGGGCUCUGAUCUAUCGCAAUGAACACACCGGACCGUGUACGGAUGAGGUGAAAUGAACGGCGUAGGGCAGGGGGCGAGCAGAUAUCUAUGUACGCAUGCGGCAGGAACGCGUUAAUAGACAUCACGCGUCACGGAUUGUCGCCCAUGAUUCCAGCACCAGUCUCCGCGCACGUAUGAAUACUCUUGCCUUCCAUCAAGACUUCCGCCCGCCCGGUCUGAGGUCAAUCUCGGGGAAGUCUUGUGCUGUCUCGAACGCGUGUUGCAACUGCGCACGCUGCUGAGCGCUCACGUCCGCGCUGGAGACGCAGAGAGCGAUGCGAUCCACCGGGGGAACGAUGGGGAAGUACGACGCGAGGUGCGUCUGUUGAUCCCUAGGAUAUAUCAGGUGCGCUGCUGCGCACAACAGCGCCGAACAGUCCUUGGAAGCGGGGAUGGUUAUUUCAGGAUGACUUGUGUCGAAAAGUUGCCUGACGUGCGCAGGUAACAUGAUUGCUACCGUAGCAGGUCGUACUACGUGUCAUGCUGAGCAUCUUUCUGGUCGCCAAUUGGUGAUACUUGUCCUGUAACGGGCUCCGUGCGCAAGGCUCAAGUAGUGUCAUGCCGUGCACCUGUACAGCAAGAGACCGAUUUACUCGCCUUAUAGCUAGAAAGGCUUUUCGAACUCCUCGAUCCGCAGGGCUUUAGCUUUCGUGUCUCUCCAAGUUGCUUUGGGAACACGAUCCUGUCGUCCGGCAGCCGUUACUCAGCCGUUGUCACCCUCAUCGUCUGAAAGCGACAAAACCGUGACUUCACCGCCCUUGGAGUGACAGCAUCCAUACAGCCUGUCGCGCUUCUUCCCUUGCAUGAUUGAUCACGAGCAAGCUCCUGCGUGUUCCGAUCCUUCAUGCAGGGGUUCC